AUAAAAUCAAAAACACUGUGCUGCUCCGAGUCCCAGAUCCAGUUCCCAAAAGAUCGAACCCGAGUGGAGUCGAUAAACCGGGUUAACAUUUUUAUCAGAGGAGAAUCCGAGCGUUUAAUAAUCUAUUGAUUCUAAUUUUGUCCCCAUUUGUUCAUUCUAAUUUGAUUUCUAGGGUUUUGAUUGCUUGUAUACGGAUCUGAUUAUUGCUUGAAGAAGAAGGGAUUCGGUGAUGAGCGAUGGAAGAGAUUGAUAAACACGAAUCAGAGGAGGAAGUUCAGGAAAAUGGAAAUGGUGAAGAUCAGGAUGUGACAGCAGAAGAACAAGAAACGUCACUUUAUCAGGAACCCGAAUCUGUUGCUAUGAAUCACGUUGAUAGUAAGGAGGACAUGUUUGUUGAUGCACCGGAGGAGUUAAAUCUUGACGGUAGGGAAACGGCGGCUAAUACUGAUACCGAAACGGAAGAGGAGAAACCACUUGACAGUCCUAGCCACAUCGACGGAAUGGAAAAUGGCACGCCAGGUAGUCACUCAGUUGAUGAGCUAAAGCGGUUGGAGGCUGUAGUGGGGAAAACCGUUGGAGAGAAAGAAAGCAUCGAGAGAGAAUACCAGGAAGAAAGAGAGAUUUUAUCGAGGGAAGUAAGAAAUCUUCGAAGCCAGCUGAUUGCAUUGUCUGCUCAACAGUCAAUAUCUGGUGAGAAUGGAGGCCAUGUGGUGGAAGAGGAGACUGGGAAUAUCAAUGCCCCAUUGCAUGAGGUAGUAAAUGAAUGUUCACAGCUGAUAAAAUUUGCUUCAGAAGAGCGAAUACAGACAGAAAACACGAUAAGAGAACUCCGUGAGGUACUCUACAUGAAGGAUCAACAUAUUCAAGAUCUAAGUGCCAAAGUCCAGCUGGGUGAGAAUGUUGAGGUGGUUGUGGAUAAUAUGUUGGCAUCACUUGGCAUGGUAGUUUAUCAAGAAGAGUUGUUAGAUAGUUCUUUUAGCGGAAAGCUCUCUCAUGUUGAGAGAAGCACAUACAUGUUAAUGGAGAAGUAUAACCAAAUGUUUUAUGAAAUUGAUCAGCUUAGGCAAUGUUUGUCUGAGCCAGGGUCCUUGUUGAGAGUUCAAGAGGAGUUUGUAUCAGUAUUUUCUGCUGCUCGUGGUGAGUUAGUCGAGCUAAAGAGGAAGGAAGCAGAGGUGACGGGCAGAAUAAGCCAUCUAGAGCAUGAAAAUGGGAAGCUGGCGGAGCAGAUCAUGAAAGAAAGGAUUUUGGCAGAGGAAGCAAAUGCAGAACUUGGAAGGACGCGAGUUGAACUUGAGCAGGAAAAGAAUAGGUGUGCUAAUAUCAAAGAAAAACUUAGCUUGGCUGUGACUAAAGGAAAGGCUUUGGUUCAGCAGCGAGACUUGUUGAAGCAGUCAAUAGCAGAGAAAACGAGUGAGCUUGAAAAAUGUAGGCUCGAAUUACAGGAGAAGUCAAGCGGACUAGAGGCUGCUGAACUAUGUAAAGAGGAGUUGUUAAAAUGUGAGGUUAUGGUGACAUCACUUCAAGAAACGCUUUCACAAAAGCAUGAAAUUCUCAAAAAGUUGGAAGAAACUCUUUCUCCCAUUAACAUACCUGAGGAAGUUCAGUCAUUGGAUAUAAUUGAGAGGUUUAAUUGGCUAAUGGACGAGAGAAGUAUACUGUUUGGUACCUCCACAGAAUUCCAGAAACUGAAGGAGGGCAUGUCUUUGAUUGAUCUGCCGGAAAAUGUUUUAUCUUCCGACUUGCAGUCUCAAGUGAGUUGGCUUCAGCAAUCCUUUGAACAAGCCAACAGUGAAGCCAAUGUGUUGCUCCAUGAAAUUGAGAUGACAAAGGAAUCUGCACAUAAGGAGAUUGACCGCUUAAGUGCUUCUCUUUCAGCUGAAUUACAAGAAAAGGAUUAUAUUAAAACAGAGUUGGAUGACCUGGCGUCCAAACAUGAAGAGAUUGUCAAUAGGGCUCAUCAAAUCUCACUGGAGAAGGAUCAGAUGAUGAGGCUGUUACUAGAUGGUUCUGGAACAACAGUGGAAGAACAAGAAGAGAUCUAUCAGAGUCCUGAUGGUCUUGCUAUGCUUGUUGAUAGAUGUUUUAUGAAUGUAAAAAAACAAAAUAGUGCUUGUCCUGAUACUUCUCAUGUUGACACUGAAUUGUUUGAAAGAAUUCAAAGUCUUCUGUAUGUAAAAGACCAGGAGUUGAUGCUGUGUGAGGAACUUCUAGAAGAAGAGGUGGUGGCAAGAUCAGAGAUAAAUAACCUGUCAAAUGACUUAAGAACAGCAUCUCAAGAACUUACAGCUCUUAAGGAGGAAAAAGUGUCACUCCAGAAAGAUGUGGAACGGUUGGAGGAGAAAUCUUCUUUACUGAGGGAGAAACUGUCGAUGGCAGUCAAGAAAGGCAAGGGACUUGUACAAGAUAGGGAAAACUUGAAAAAUCUUAUGGAUGAGAAAAACUCGGAAAUUGGGAAGCUGAAGGUCGAGUUACAGCAAAAAGAAUCUACAGUUGAAGAGUGCAGUGAUUGCAUAAAUAGACUGUCCACUGAUUUAGCUGAUUUAAAAAAUCUAAUGGAUGAGAAAAACUCAGAAACUGAUAGGCUGAAGGUUGAGUUACAGCAAAAAGAAUCUGCAGUUACAGAGUCCAGUGAUUGUAUAAAUAGAAUGUCCACUGAUUUAGUUUAUUUGAAAAACCUAAUGGAUGAGAAAAACUCAGAAACUGAGAUGCUGAAGGUUGAGUUACAGCAAAAAGAAUCUACAGUUUCAGAGUGCACUGAUUGUAUAAAUAAACUGUCCUCUGAGUUAGCUGAUUUGGUGGCAAUGAAAGAUCAGCGAGAUCAACUUGAGAAGUUCUUGUUGGAGAGCAAUAAUAGGUUGCAGAAGGUAAUUGAAUCUGUUGACGGUAUUGGUAUUCCUGUGGAUUCAGUAUCCAAAGAGCCUGUGCAGAAGUUGAAUUGGCUUGCUGGAUAUUUUAAUGAAUCUCAGCAAGCUAAGGCAGAUGCUGAGCUAGAGUUUGGGAAACUCAAGGAGGAAGCUAAUACUCUGGUUGGCAAGUUUGCAGAAGCCCAGAGAACUAUUAGAUCACUGGAAGAUGCAUUGACAAUUGCUGACAAUAAUGUCUCCCAACUUGUCGAAGGAAAAAGGAAAUUAGAAGUUGUUAAUGAAAAAAUGGAACAAGAAUUGCAGAAAGUAAAGGAAGAAGCUGAUACUCUUGCUAUGAAGUUAGCAGAAGCGCUUGGAACCAUUGAAUCACUUGAACAUGCAUUGGCAGCUGGUGAGAAUAAUGUUUCCCAACUUGCUGUAGAGAAGAGGGAAAUAGAAGAAGUUAAUAGAAACAUCCAACAAGAGUUACAGAAAGUAAAGGAGGAAGCUAAUACCCAUCUGGAACAAGAGUUUGGGAAGGUAAAAGAGGAAACUAAUUGUCUUACCGGCAAGUUAGCAGAAGCGCAGGGAACUAUUAAAUCGCUGGAAGAUGCAUUAUCGGUUGCUGAGGAAAAUGUCACUGAGGCUUGUGCGGCUAGAAAAUCGCUUGAAGAUGCAUUGUCUCUUGCAGAAAAUAAUAUAUCUACACUCAUAAAGGAGAAAGAAGAAGCUGUUGUUGGCAAAGCUGCUAUAGAGACUGAGCUAGAGGAAGUUGCUAUUCAGACCAAGAAACUGACAGAGGCAUAUAAAACUAUUAAAUCUCUUGAAGAUACUCUAGCUAAGGUAGAGACUGAUGUUGCAUUACUGACCCAACAAAAUAAGGAUGCAGAAGUUGGAAGAACAAAUUUAGAGAAAGAACAAAAGAAGCUGCAAGACAAAACAGAAUCCCAGGCUUCUGAGCUAGCUGAUGCCUUUUCAACCAUAAAAUCACUUGAAGAUGCAUUGUCGAAUGCAGAAAAUGAUGUGACUGGGCUUGAAGUUAAGAGAAUGGCUGAACAGGAAAUUUCAACCCUUAACUCUAAAUUGAACGCAUGCAUGGAAGAGUUAGCUGGAAGUAAUGGCAGCUUAGAAAGCAAGUCGUUGGAGUUUAUUACUCUCCUUGACAAUUUUCAAGUGCUUAUGAAAGAUGAGAGUCUGCUGUCCAUGGUGAAACGUUGCUUUGACAAGAAAUUUGAGAACCUGAAAGAUAUGGACCUCAUCCUUAAGGACAUACGGGACCACUUUGUUAACAGAAGUUCAGAGGUGCUGCAAAGUCACCCUUUCAUGCAGGAAGAUAUUUAUUUGGCAAAACCCUUGUUGCGUGAUCUUGAAGAUACCGUAAACCUCAGAACGGAAGAUGGUGAGGUAAAUGCUGCGGAUGGUGAUAAUAUCUCUAUUUGUUUUAGAAAGACCGUCGAAGGGUUCCAGCUGAGAAACAAACUUCUUGCAGACAAUUUUGAGAGUUGCUCUACUUUUGUUGAUGGAUUUAUUUCCGCUUUACUAAGCAAACUAAAGGAAACAAGGGAUGCAGUAAAAAUUAUGUCUGACUACAUGGAGUCCUUGAAUCAGAAGAUAAAGAAUAUGGAAAUCUACGAGCAGGAAAGUGAGAAAACUUUAGCUACUUUAGAAAAUGAUGCUACGAUUUUGUUAGCUGCUUGUUCUGAUGCCAUUACAGAACUGGAUUUUGAAGUUAAGAACAAUCUAAUGGAGCUGAAAUCUAUUCCCGAGCUUGAAAAGUUGAAGUAUAAUUCCUUCGUAGAAGAAAGAGAAGGUUGUAGAGAUGACACUGCUUAUCACCAGCAGAGGGUUGACAGCGGCAAACAUGUCGAAACAGCAGAAAAGUUGUUAUCUGUUACAAGAAGAGUUCACACUCUUACUAGAGUAUUUGAGAGCACAAGUAAUGUUGCCGCAAUUGCAAUUGAAGAGUUGCAGAAGGAAUUGGAAGAAAAUAGAGUUGUUUAUGAAAAAGUCAUUGGAGAAAAGGAUGAAAUAAAGAAUAGGGUUUCAGAGUUGGAGAAUGAUGUAGAAGCAUUACAAAAUACAUGCAGGGAACUGAAGUUUAAAGUAGAUGAUUACGAAGCCCUAAAUGUCCUGUUGAAGGAGAAAGAAGCUGAACUUUCAUCAUUGCACAACAGUUUGCAAAUGAAAGAACAAGCGAUUGAAGAAAGUAUCCUGUCAGCAUCACAGGCGAAUAGCCUUUUUGAGAAGAUAAGUGAUAUAGAAGUUCCUUUUCCAGAGCUAGAAAUAGAUGAUUCAGAGCACCAUAGUUCAGAUCCUGUCAAGAAGCUGUUUUACAUAGUGGACAGUGUAACUGAGUUACAGCAUAAAAUAAAUGUUUUAUCCCAUGACAAACAAGAGCUUCAGUUGACUUUGACCAGACAGACUCUUGAAAUCAAGCAUCUUAAGGAGGAAAUUAAAACACAAAUCAGUGAUGAGCAAGAGGCAGAACAGAUGAAAAAUGAAAUAUCCGAACUUGCAUUUGAUAUGCAGAAAUUAGUUAAAAUUCUGGGGGUAAACGAGAUUUUGGGGGAUCCAAAAUCUCUUGGCAUCAGAGGAAUUCUGCCAGUGUUGGAAAAACAUGCUAUGGCUCUUUUCUCAGAAACUGAAAAUUCGAAAUCUGAAGCCCAGGAACUUGGUAGGAAGUUGGUUGAGAGUGAAAAGGUUGAGUAUGAAUUAGCCAUGAAGAUUAAAUUACUAGAAGAUUCACUACAGAGUAGAGCUACCCAAUCAGAGAUUGUUCAGGAAAGGAGCAUUUUUGAGCCACCUCCACCUACUGCGGCAGAGAUAUCUGAAGUUGAUGACUUGGCAACAGGUCAAAAGAAUGCAAUAUCUUCCGUUCCUUCAGCUGCUCAUGUGCGUACAAUGAGAAAGGGAUCAACUGACCACCUUGCACUGAAUGUUGAUCUGGAAUCUGGUAGUCUGAUCAAUAGUGGAAAAACUGAUGAAGAUAAAGGUCAUGUAUUCAAGUCUCUCAACACGUCAGGUCUUGUUCCGAAACAAGGAAAAGUGAUCGCAGAUCGAAUUGACGGGAUAUGGGUAUCUGGUGGUGGAGUCUUGAUGAGUCGCCCUAGAGCAAGGCUAGGCGUUAUUGCCUAUUGUCUUCUCUUGCAUUUGUGGGUAUUGGGAACCAUCUUGUGAUAAAGUUGCUGAUCAUCAUCUGCUGCACGGACUAUGUCAAACCAUGUCAUAUUGGUUUCUGCAAGUUGUACAGAAAUUAUAUUUGUCCUUCAUUUCUUUUACACCCUCCAAUAUUGGCCUACGGCUCAUUUUGAUUCUCUGUAACAGCUAAGCAUUAAGGCUUUAUGGAAUUCACAUGUAAUUUUAUUUGUAAUUAGAAAUUCGAAUAAUGAUCGACCAUUUUAUUAAAGAAAGUAGCUUUAUGGUGGCA